AUGGCGACCAAUAUCGAGUUCGAGAAUGCCAUCAGAAAUGCUAUGCUGAGUGACCUCGGUCUCAGCCGCAAUGAUGAGCUCCCCAUGGAGAACUUUCAUGAUAGAAAGAUCACUUAUGAUCCUGGACGUCGCGCAUCACGCGCCGUAGGAAAGACUGCCAACUCGGCGUGGAAAGCUGUUGGAGAAAAGGGAAUCGACGAUGAAGAGGCUCGCAGCGUUCAAGGUCUGGCUGACCUUGGCGGCGGUCGUAUGCAUGCCGCCCAGCAUGACACUGAAAGCCGAGAUCGUAGUGAGCGACUUAAGCAGAUCAACAACCGACCCCGUCCGCAGCAAGUCGGUGCUUUGUCCAACAUUACCAACUUUGGUGGUCUCGAUCGUCCUGGAGUCCCAGUCAAGGUCUUCGCUCCGAAAAACAUGACGCCGUCCAAGAGCGCGAAUGGGAAAAAGGCAGCCCAGAACCGUCCCGAUGAGCAAAACUCCGCGAAAAAGAACCCUGAGAAUCGCGUCCGCGAUGAUACUAAACCGGAUCUGGCGUCCGCCCGGGUUGCUGCCGUCAUUGCCCCUCAUCUACGAACUAAGGCACAGGCUGCGGAGAUAUUGUCGAGCAAGAACUCGCAAAAGUUGCAAUCUGUCUCCCAGGCCGAGGAGCAGAUAUCAGACCCAAAGAAGCAAGCCCAGUCUCAGCCGCAGUCUCCUCAUACUACGGUGCAAGAAACCACACAAAUUUCGGCUGAGACGCAAGAAAAACCUGCCAAGACCCUUGAUAGGUCAUCUGGGAGGGUCCUUUGGACGUGGUCCACAGACUGCAAGGCCAAGAUCGCCCCAUGCACUGGCUUAAAGACGGUCGACGCCAAGGUGUUGCUGAAGAUGAUCGAAUUUGGCAACGGCAGACAACAGGCAGGCUUUAUACUACGCUAUGUCAACGACACCAGUGACUGCGAUAUCGAUGACCCUGUCAUAGUCGUCAGGGGUAAUGAAGCUCAGGCAGCGACUAGCAAAUACGUCAACCUCGUAUACGACAUGACAUCGUAUCAAGCCAAUGACGGCCAGCACAAAGACAACUGGUGUGACGUUUCUUUCGUGUCUGGAACCAAGAAAAAGGAUAUGACGCUCUUAUUCGAUGACGCAGAGACUAUGAGAAUGUUUCGUGGCGCCGCUAUUGCCUUGCAGACCUCUCUGAGCAUCAGCAGACUUACCCCUGAACAGAAGAUCAGCCUUCAAAACCGGCUGAAUGCACAGAAAGCCUCGCUUGUGGCCUCUAUGGCUGUUGCCAGGGUUGAAAAUAUUGAAGGUAUCCCAGACACUGCGCCAGCCAAGACCACCAAUGAUACAACGAAGUCUGCAGUUGGGCCGCCGAACCUCGCCUCAGUGAAGGCGGAAGACGGCACCAAGAGCAGCACUUACAUGGGAGCCAAGAACGUGGAUCCUGAUAUCUUGCCUAAAGAUGGAGUUGAAAAGUCUGUCAGCGUCGUGGUCGAAGAAAACGGACAGACGUCUCAAAGCUCUCCCCGUAGCGACAACAUCAAAUACAGCCCGGGCGCUUUGAGAAGCAUGAGCAACACCUCGACUCAGGUAACCCCACCGCUGGAAAACUGGCAGUACACCGAGUCUGUCUUGAAGGGUGGUCGUCUCAAUGAGACACCAAAAGCCGCGGAGCCUUUGAAGCAGGCGUCAAUGAACGCAAGCCCCAUGACCAGGAAUCUUGACACUCUAUCGACGAGGGAUGAAGCUUGGAAGACUCAAUAUUGCGGACAGCCUGAGAUUGUCAUAAACUUUUCAGCACCAUCCACCAAAAUGAAAGGUACUGAGACCAGAGGUUGCAAAGUCGCGCCGGAAUCAAAUAAGCGGUUGAAGUCUAAGGCUACAUUCGACUUUGCCAGCCCUCCCGGUGCCCCUACUAUGCCAAUCGUUGUUGCCGCCAAGGCCAAGCCUGAGGUAGAGUUCAACUUCAACACUCUCCCUGGCUCACCGAAGGAAUCGGCGGUCAAAGACACUCGGGACGGGGCCACGGAGAAGUUCCGUACUGCAAGCACUCCAGAUGAUUCUUCAACGGCCGAAGUAGUGGCUGGAAGAACCUUGCCAACGCCCAAGAAAUCCACAGCCUCCCGUCCCGAGAAGCCAGCCCCAGCAGUGGCUAUUCUCAAAAAUCCCACUACCCAACAAUCCCACGAUCAAAGUGCGAUUGAUAGGGAGUUUGGACAAGGCUGGUCAAUGUUGUCCAUGAUGAACAGCCUCAGCGCGAUCGAUGUCGUGGAGGAGACCACCACAGUCAAGACUACCAGACGAUACGUUCUCCCUGUAGGCGCCUCUUUUUCGGGUUCGGGCCACGGCCAGAUGAACGUGGCGCAGCCUGUGUCCAGCGGUGUUGUGGCCGAUGUGAGGAGCGCAUCUGAUGCAGCCACCAAGCUGUCGGGAGACGCACCAGUCUUCCAGCCCAGUCAUGGCGGCACUUUCCAGCGUGCGCCUGCCCAGGGAUCCCAUGGGGGUGCCAAGAGGCAGCAGCAGCACAAGGGACUCGCCAACUCGAAGUAUGCACAGCCCACACAAGGCUUCAGCCACGCGGGCCAAUUCACAGGAACCAUGCUCGGGUAG